AUGGCCACUUUGAUGCAGCAAAUCCAUAUCGGGCUCGGCCGCGAGGGCUACGUGCCCGUCGCCCACCACCACGCCGACAAGGCCACCUACACGCAGGAGCACGAGGCAAUGCAGGCCAGUCUUGUGAAUAGCUGUCCGGCCCAUUUGUGGCCGAAAAACUCUCACAGGGCCGCCUGUCCGCGCCCGAUCCUCAUGACCAAACAGCACCAGACACAGCUGGCCGAGCUGCACGAGGCACUCACCGCUGCCAUCGCCGACAUUGUCGAGCGGUGGUGGCCGGACAAGGAGAGUCGGUUUCCGGAGCGAAUGCCUCUGACGAGCAAGGAAGAAGACCUUUUACAGUGGCUCGAAGAGCAAGUAUCGCGCGGCACCCUGCCAAAGUACGCCCAGUGUCGCGGAGGAUGGCGACCAGACUUUAUGAUUGAGGAUCCUUGCGACGACGGCCUCGGCAUUGAGAACUUUCGCAUCACCGAAAUCAACGCGCGCUUCAGCUUCAAUGGGUUUAUGCACCAGGCGUACGGGCAGCGAGCCCUCGACGACAUGGGCGUCAAGGCUCACGGAUUCGUGGCUGCCACCAACGCCGCCAGAGCGCUGGACGGCUUAUUGGGCCUCUUCCGCGUCGACGCUCCCCUUCAUCUGUUGAAAGCCGAAGAGAAGGGCAUGGACAUUCACAUGAUGAUGCAUGACUUGCAGCGACGGCUUGGCUUUAGGCCGCGGCUGAUAACCCCCGCGGAUCUCAGGCUGCUCCCCGAUCCAGAAAACAGCAGUCGGCAGAAGCUGUACUGCGUCGUCAGGACCAAUGGCCAUAAUGGCUCUUGCGCGCUCAAAACUCAUCACGGAGAAGUGGUCGAAGAGAUCGUCCAGCUAGGGCUGGAGCUGCACCAGCGUGAGCUGCUGGCGUUGGAGCCCGAGAUGCUUCGCCAAGUCUGUCUACUUGGUUUCAACGACAUGAGGACGCUCCUGCUCGUCCAUGACAAGCGCAUGCUUGGUAUUGUGCGACAGGAGCUUGGGCAGCUGGUGGCGAGAGGAGUACUCACACAGGCGCAAGCAGAGGUCCUUGACAAGGGGAUUGCCAAGACGAUUCUUGCUGGUUCGGCAGAGCUGCGACAGCUCCUUGCCAAGUCGCGCAGCUGUCCUAAGCUGCGGCAUCAGUAUAUCCUGAAGCCUAUCCGUGGUGGAAAGGGGGCCGGGAUUCUGUUUGGGGAUAGUAUUUCCAUAGACGCGUGGAUUCGUACGUUGGAGCGCAUGCAGACUGCUGGCCUGGGUUCCGAGGCGUCCUACGUUGUGCAGCGACGCAUUACGCCCCGGUUGUACGACAUGGUGUUGGAUAGCUCCGGUGAUCGAGUACAGUACCCCCUUGUUGGGACAUAUCAUGCCGUACAUGGAACGCUGGUUGGGCUGGGGAUAUGGCGGACGAGCGGUGAUCGCAUCUGUGCCAUUAGCACCGGCGGCUCUUGGCUCUGUUCUGUCUUGCGCGGAGACUGA